AUGUCGUUGGCUGCGCCGUCCACCGGCAACAGGACGCCCUUCUGCUUCCCGCCCAACAACUCCGCCGCCGCCACCUCCUCCGGCGUGUUCGCCGGGGACGACCCGCUCAAGUUCUACUUCCCGCAGCUCCUCUCCAAUGUCUGCAUCGUCUUCGUGGUCUCCCGCGCCAUCCACGCCGUGCUCCGCCGUGCCAACAUCCCCAUCGUCAUCUCCCAGAUCAUUGCCGGCGCGCUGCUCGGGCCGUCGUUCCUCGGCCGAGUGCUCCCGCACAUCAAAGAUCUCUUCGCCACGCCGGAGGGAUGGGCGCAGAUCAACACGGUCGGCGGGUACGCGUUCAUGCUGCAGAUCUUCAUCAUCGGCGUCAAGACGGACCUCAGCGUGUUCGUCAAGUCCGGCAGGAAGGCCAUCGCCAUCGCCAUCUUCGGCACCGCCGCGCCGAACUUCGCCAUGCACGCCACCGGCGCUGCGCUAAGGGCGCGCAUGCCGGCGGCCUGGAACGCCACGUUCAUGGUCACCGGCCUCAGCUCCUCCUGGUCGCUCUCCGCGUUCAUCGUCGUCUGCUGCACGCUGGACGACCUCAACCUCCUCUCCUCCAAGCUCGGCCGCCUCGCCAUGUCUGCGGCCCUCAUAGGUGACUUCGCCAACAACUUCUUCGUCGCCACCGUCACGUCCAUCCUCCUCGCGUCGAGCCCCUCCGAGAAGAUCCAGCGGAUCGGCUUCCUGUCCAUCACCACCUUCUGCAUGUUCAUCGGGUUCAUGGUGUUCGUUGCGCGGCCGGCCAUCCUCCGCCUCAUGCGCGACGUUCCAGAGGGCGCGCUCCUCUGCGAGGCGCGCCUGGUGGCCGUGCUUCUCAUCACCACCGUGUGCAGCUUCGCCAGUGAGAUCCUCGGCCUCCAUGCCACGUAUGGCCCCUUCAUGCUGGGGCUCAUGCUCCCCGGCGGAGCCCCGCUCGGGGUCACCCUGGCGGAGCGGCUGGACCGGCUCGUCGCCGGGGUGCUCCUGCCGCUGAUGUUCGCGCAGGGUGGCAUGAGGCUAGACGUCUACACGCUGUCGGACGCCUCGACGUGCCUCCUCCUCGAGGUACUCCUAGUCGUCGGCGCCGUCGCCAAGUUUGUCUCGUGCACGCUGCCAUGCCUGUACUGCGGGAUGUCGUACCGAGAGGCCUUGACCAUUGGCCUCAUGAUGAACUUCAAAGGCAUCACCGAUGUCGUCUACGCCUCCGGAUUCAUGGACGCCAAGGUGUUCGAUAACCAAGUGUACGCGGCCUUCAUGAUCAACGUGCUGGUGGUGGGCGCGACGACGGCGUCCAUGGUGAAGCGCAUCUACCACCCGGAGGAGAAGUACGUGGCGUACCAGCGGCGCACGGUGCAGCACAAGAAGCUGGGCGAGGAGCUGCGGGUGCUGGCGUGCGUGCACUCGCAGGCGGACGUGGAGCCGAUGCUGGCGCUGCUCGACGCGUCCAGCCCGACGCCGUUGUCCCCGGUCGCCGUCUACCUCCUCCACCUCGCGCCGCUGGCCGGGCUCACCACCUCCGUGCUCCGCUCGUUCAAGCACGGCGACCGCAACUGCGCGCCGUCGGGCAGCACCCACUCGGAGCGCAUCGUCAACGCGUUCCAGCUCUUCGUGCAGCAGCGGCCGCUGGGCUCGGCGUCGCUGCUCCCCUACGUCUGCAUCGCGCCCUACGCCACCAUGCACGACGACGUCUGCGCCAUCGCGCUCGACAAGCGCGCCACCCUCAUCGUCGUGCCGUUCCACAAGCGCCUCGCUAUCGACGGCUCCGUCGAGAACACCACGGCCAACGCCUGCGCCGUCCAGACCGCCAACUUCAACGUCCUCAGCUACUCCCCCUGCUCCGUCGCCAUCCUCGUCAACCGGGGCAGCCUCUCCGUCGUUGUGCCCGGCGCAAGCUCCGCGGCCGACGCCGACGAGUUUCCUCACCGCGUCGUUCUGUACUUCCUCGGCGGCCCGGAUGACCGGGAGGCGCUGGCGCUGGCGACGUACAUGGCCGAGGAUGCGCAAAUCGGGCUCACCGUGUUCCGGUUCUUGCUGCCGCCGGAGUGGCGCAAAGGCGGCGACGCCGAGGAGGACCAGCUCGACGACGCGGCGGUGCAGGAGUUCGUCCGGCGGUGGGUCGACAACCAACGGCUCGUGUACAGCGAGCACGUGGUCAGUGACUCCGACGAGAUGGUCACUGUCAUCCGGAAGGCGAUCCCGUCGUCCGACCUGCUGAUCGUCGGCCGGCGAGCGGACAGCCCCGAGUCGCAGCUGACGGCCGGCAUAUCGGACUGGAGCGAGCACCUGGAGCUUGGCGUCCUCGGGGAUCUGCUCACGUCGACGGACUUCGGGUGUCGGGUGUCGACGUUGGUAGUGCAGCAGCAGACCAGGGCCGCCGCCGGCGAGAUCAGCCGGUCGCCGGAGAAAAACGCGGAGCAGCGACCUGAAUCUGACGGCCACGUUUGA